AUGGCUAUGAAGGGCCUGAAACCUGACAACGUUUCAUAUGCUAUUCUCCUUCAUGGGUAUGCCACCGAAGGAUGCUUAGUUGAUAUGAUUAAUCUCUUCAAUUCAAUGGAAAGAAACUGUAUUCUACCUGACUGUUGUAUCUUCAACAUACUGAUUAAUGCAUAUGCUAAAUCUGGGAAGCUUGAUAAGGCUAUGCUUAUCUUCAAUGAAAUGCAGAAACAAGGAGUGAGUCCAGAUGCAGUCACAUAUUUACCCGUAAUAGAUGCAUUUUGCAAAAAGGGUAGGUUGGACGAUGCUAUGAUUAUGUUUAAUCAGAUGAUUGAUACGGGAGUACGACCAGACACAGCUGUUUAUACUUCCCUAAUCCAAGGUUUUUGUACACACGGCGAUUUGGUGAAAGCAAAGGAAUUGGUUACUGAAAUGAUGAACAAAGGUAUACCUCCUCCUGAUAUUAAGUUCUUCCAUUCAAUCAUGCAGAACCUAUGCACAGAAGGAAGGGUAAUAGAAGCACGGGAUAUCCUUGGCUUGAUAGCACACAUAGGUAUGAGGCCUAAUGUUUGCACAUUUAAUAUACUGAUUGGUGGAUACUGCCUAGUCCGCAAGAUGGAGGAUGCCUCAAAAAUAUUUGAUGAUAUGAUGUCAUAUGGUUUAGAACCUUCUAAUAUUACUUAUGGUAUACUUAUUAAUGGCUAUUGCAAAAACUUAAGGAUUGACGAUGGGCUGAUUCUGUUCAAAGAAAUGUUGCGCAAGGGAGUUAAACCUACAACUUUUAAUUAUAACGUCAUACUGGAUGGGUUAUUUCUGGCUGGACGAACUGUUGCUGCAAAGGAAAAGUUUCAUGAGAUGGCUGAAUCUGGAGCAGAUGUGUGCAUUGAUACAUACUGUAUAGUUCACCGCAGCCAGCACAAGAAGAGGCAUGGCCGGAAUGAGGCUCGGCCACCGGGAGGACGCCGGACAGCCGGAUGCACGAGGGCCCAUAGCACCACCACGGCCAGUCCAAGAGGAGGCCUGGCCGGGACGAGGUCCUGCCGUCGGGAGGACGCCGGACAGCCAGGCCACGGGAAUGGGUGGCCAGGCGAGGUGGAGCGCAUGGGAGGGUGGGAGGAGGAGGAUGCGUCGCACCGGGCAGUGCCGGCGACGAUGGCAAGGAGGAGCCGCGGAGGCGAUCCCAGAUCCGCCACCAGGAGGGGUCGCGGGGAGGAGCACCGCCAUGACGACCACUAGGAGGCGCAGGAGGGAGCGGAGGCACCGGAUCCGCCUCCGGGAGGCGCGCCGCCGGCCGCUAGGACGCCGGGAGAGGCGCCGAUGGACCAACGUGACGCGGGCCGCCAGCCGCGGGCGCCGCGCGAGGAGAGCCGCGCAACGGGGGGAGGCCCCGCCGCCGCCGCCACAGUGCGAGCUUCGCUCGGUGGUGGCUUCCGACGGCGGCGAGGGGAGUAGCUGGAGGAGGGGGGGGGGCUGGUGGCGGCGCGGUGGGGGGCUACCGCCCGUGUCGCCUAACCUAGGCGACGCGGGGGCGGAUCAAAUUUUCGCAAUUCAGUCCUCACCUGAUAAUAUUUAGAUUUGUGUUGUUCGGACUGGAAAACACCAAUUCUUCAUUUACAAGCCUCAAAGUGCUACUAUUAGCCUUAGCCAGGACAGUUCCAACAGUGUAGUGCAACCAUAAGAAUACAAUAUGAAUUUGCAAAUUUCAGAAGAAGAAAAAACUCGUUUGGACCAUGAGCUGCACAGGCAAGAAAAUGGCGUGAUCUAGAAUAUAAGACAAGAGGAGUACUAUUUGCUAGUAGACAUAUCACUAAAUUUUGCAUCUCUUUU